AUUUAGUGAUGUAAUAUAAUACAAUGUAGAAGUGCAGUAAGGAGAAACCUGUGAGUGACCUUAGACGGAAUAUUUACGCUUCACGUAUUGCUGAGGUUUUUGUCGAUGACGUUUUUGCCACCGGAAGACUUGAAGUUGAUGUGGGCGACACGUGCGGAAGAGAAUGCUAAAGUCUAGUUUCUAAAGAGAGUGAAUCUGCUCGUAUUACUAUUUCUGUCCUUUGGCGAAAACUGUUCCAGUUACAGAAGAUUUAUUCGGAUGACUGAAAAGCAUUGAUUUCUUCAAUCGAUGAAAAUUCUCAGCGCAUUUGUAGGAUUCUUGUCAAUCCUAGCAAAUGGUUGCUUUGUUGAAGGUAAAUCCAAGUGAGUGAUUGUUUGAGUAUUAUGGAUCAUUUUAUUCUCUUGUUGAUGUCGUAAACUUCGCCAUUCUUUAUUCAUCUUCGACUUCAUCUAUUUAAUUGCUCAUGUGGGUAGUUAGACGCCUCCUGAUAGUCAAUCAUCGAUGCUAUCAAAAAAAAAUGGUUGUUUCACUAAGACAAAGUUGAUUUCAAUCACCGCUGAGACCUCUCUGUCAUAUUUUUGUCACGGAAAAACUCAGUGGACUAUAUCAUCUUGCAAUAUCCCGUAUAUUGACAACAACACUUGGUUGUGUUGAAAGGAGGCUAACUAUGUUCACAUCAUGUGAAACUUUCAACGAUAAAAAGAAACAACAACCCCAAACGGGUUACCGCAGAGUAAACAAGUUAUUUUGUCGCUGGUUGCCGGUGCACAAAUCGGCUCAGUAGUAAUUCCAAAUAUAAUCUGUCUUGAAACAUGUUAUUAUUCAUUAACAGUUGAAAUAUGCAAGUCAGUACAUUUAAAUUAGCCGCGUUCUUCUCACACCUCCGCUAUAGAGACGGAAUUUCGCUUGAAAUAACUGAUUAGCCAGUAUCUUUUGUAUUCAAAAUUAAUAUUAGGUUUGUAAUUUGAAGGCAAAGUCGAAAAUAUCAACCGAGGGUGUCACGGUCCGUGAUAAGCCUAACAUGUAAUUCCACAUGUUAUGGAUUGGAAAAUCACGAGGUUGUCACAAGGAAAUUUUGGUCACAUCCACAUUUGCUCAUAUUUGUCAGCAGAAACUAUGUACAGUUGUAAAUUAAGAACAGAUUUUGUCAAAUGUCAACUUAAAUUCUGCCCACUACAAAAAUACAAAAAAAAUUACCAAAUCCUUAGUGAUAGAAUCAGAAACCACUGUCAGCCAUACUUGGUACAGUGAGCUUGUUUGGGAAAUAAUGAAAAUGCAAAACUAUCGGCAUGCUCGUUGGCUUAUCUAAAACAGUUUAGAAAGUUGAAACUGAACAUCUGUACUUGCAAGAUCCUUGCAAUGAUUCCUCGCGCAACUUCGAACAUAUAAACAUUUGCAAGUAUUUCACACAUUAUUCAAAGAUUACGAAUUCUGAGUUUACUAAAAUCGCUUUGGUAUUUUUCAGGAUUCUUUACAAAACCAAUCAAAUGUGCAGCUAGGAAAGUAGUGACUCCUAUAGAUGCCCCACGCCAUCAGUACUAUCCCUUCUUCGUCAGUGUUUACCGAUGUAGUGGAGGCUGCUCUACCAACUCACCUAAUACGUACCACUGCUCCGCCACAACCUGGAACAAUGUAACUGGAACUGUAUUUGAUUUGCAAACUAGCACCCAAAAGGUUCUGACGGUUCUAAAUCAUACCAGUUGUGAGUGUACAUGCGUAGCGAAGGCUAAAGAUUGCUCUGAAAACGAACUUUACGACGAAGAUACAUGUAGUUGUCAAUGUAAAUACCAGGAUGAACCUCAAGUAGGAUGCCCUGCGAGAUUCAGGUGCGUAUUACUUCAUCUUAACCGUGCAAGGAUUUGUUUACUGGCCAGUGCCGACGAAAUUGCCCAUAUGGUUGGGAAAACCCCCGAAAGGAUUUCGAUUUUUGUUGACACGGAAUAUUUAGUACAGCGGUUACAUAUUUGGACCCAUGUUAGAAAUUCACAAGUGUGAUUCUCCCGUAUAUUUUUGUUCCCCAUAGUGUUUUGGAUGAAUCGUCUUCGAUUGUGAAUCUUUCUUGUUUCUUAGCGAUUCGAAAAGCUUUUGUAAGAGUUUCGGUUUCUGGAAAGACUUAUGUCAUGCGAGUUUGCAUAUUCUGUUAAAGCCGGAGAUAGAAUUGUAUAAUGAUGAUAAAAAGCUAGAGUGUAAUUAUCGAACUAAGCUUCCUCAGUUUUUCCGAUUUUCGACAUUUUCACAUCCAAAAAUCCGCCUCUUAUCAGGCUUAUACAUUCAAAGAAGUUCUGUGAUGAAUUCCGUAAAGCUUCUGGAAACGUUAAAUGUUCACCAAACGCGAUACCUUCUUGAAAACCCUCACCUAGAGAUUUACUUGUGGGCCGAAACAAAAUCUAUGCCUUGCCCAAUGUAAUACUAUAAGCAUGGGAAUCGGUAAAAUUUGGAGUAAUUUUUUUCUAUAGUUGGAGUCAGUUCCAGUGCAAGUGUGUCUGUGCAAGGCCAGUAGAAUUUUGUCCUGUCAACAUGGUAAGUGCAAUUUCUGACAUUGACGAUCUUUUGUUGUUGUUGUUGUUGUUGUUUCUUAUAAAAGCUGAAAAAGAGACAAGAAUGGAUCGCAGUGAUGUGUAAACAGCAUUAUGGCGAGUUUUAAGAGCUUGCAAAAAGGUACCCCUAGUCCUUCUCUCUUCCCCAUUCUACUGUCAAAUCACUUCCGCGGGGGUUUACCCUUCUGUAUCGUUACACAUGUAAGGUUGAGUUCCCAAGAUUUCCCAGCCAGUGAGGGAUUAUCCAUCCUGGUCUCAGUCAGUUAAGUUUCACUUCACAGUACAGUCGUCAUCAGGAAGUUAUCAUUCGCAGACGGGUGCUUUCCAUAAAGCGAGUCAUAGAGUUUACAGCAAAUAUCACUCUGAUCAUAACUGAAUUUCCGGUGCCUCUGAUGCGCGGUGGGUCUCUUAUUUUAUGAGAAAACCUCCGAGUUCAUAUCAGAACAUUCAAACAUUGAGUGUGUGUGUCUGUAAAGCGGGGAUGCGCCUUUUUUUCCUCCACUAACAUUAACUUCCUGUCCACUGUUCCUCAGGAGUGGAGUUACACAGCGUGUGGUUGCGUUUGUACUCGGUCUGUUGUGGAAUUUUGCAAAUUGGAGAAAAAAGUCCUCAACGCCUCAACUUGUAAGUGCGAAGAACCUAAAACAAUAGUGAAAAAUUUAAAUCCUGGUGUCCCUGGCAAAAGAACUGGUAAGUAUUAAACUGAAAAAGAUAAUAUGUGUAAGCUUGGCUUUUAAUACGAAAGAUGUACCAUCUGCGCAGGCACGUUUAGAAUGGGCAAACGGAGCCUGCCUUCUUCCUCAUUUUUCUGUGUUUGUUUCAUUUUUGUUCUUAUUUUUUUUUGCUUUAAAUUUUGCAUUUUAAUUAAUUUUCUUUGGAGUGAUAGUUGAGCUGUUGAUGGUAUGGGUGAGGUAUCAUGAAAAACCGGUUGAGGUUUGUAUCAACAGGAGAUAUGUUACCAUUAUUAGUGAAAUGCGACCAAGGAUUUACGCCUUAAACUGCAGCCAUGCAAAACUCGCUUUGUCAGUUAAUUUAUCGAUCUUAAAUUCAAUUUUAGCCGAACUAGUAAACCUGUUUUUGAUCACUUUUCCGAAAAAAAAAGUCCGGCUUAUUGACCUGGGAUUGAAAUUGAUGAACUGAAAAAUGAUCGUGGGCACAUAGUUGUUUUAUCGAGUUGCUGUCAAGUUGGUACACACGAGAUAAUCGUAUGGAAGGUCCUAUGGUUUCCUUUCUCGGGUCCUCUGAUUGAAAUUCCUCAUUUCUUAGCCUGUAGGACAAUUUCUUCUAAAUUGUACUCGAAAAGUCCAAUCGUCGGCAUUGCUUACCCCUAUUUUCCUUAAACACAACAGAUUUCGAUCUCUUCCUUUUUCAGUGGAGACAACGAAUUGGAAGCAGUUUGUGUUAUUUAUGGUUGGAGAGUUUGUCGUUUUAAUUCUCCUAUUUGACUUGGUCAUAUACUGGAAAUACGGGGGUGGAAUUAUCUGCAAAGCCUGUCGCUGUCCUCGUAAAGGUAAAAUCUCAAAAAAUUACUUCUCUCUUUUAGUCCGAUCCCACAUAAAAAUAAUUCAUAUAAUCCACGAUCAUAACAUUAAUAUUUUGACUCCAUUAACCAAAUGUAAUAGUGCAAUUUUAGGCAACAGCGACUUCCUAUUAAAAAAUAUUUUGCUUUCCUCUUAAUUGAAAUCGGUCCAAAUCUCAGUAUCGGUGAUAUUUCUCCAUUAACAAACCUAUGUGAAGUGACCAGUUUGUUUGCAUACCGAAAUUAACUUCACUACAUCCUUUUAGCGCAAUGGAAACCUGAGUGACUAUAACGUGGACAAAUAGUGAAUAUUUGCAUGUUGUUAUUUACCUAGACUUUCUCUCAGCAAAACGAGCACUGUGAUUGGUUGUUUCUUGUUCACGUGUCACUGAUCAAAUUCAAAUGUACCCGAUCGGGAUACAAUAGCGCAGUUGUUGCCCGCGCGCCGAAUACAAUAGCAUGUUUUUGCCUCAUGAUUGUUUAAGGGAAAGUCUAAAUACAUAACAAACCUAUUAAUGUAUGGUCCCUCGGGAAACUAGUUAGUUUUGUUUUCCCUCGAGUCCUGAUGUUUCCCUCAACCUCGUCUCGGAAGCAUCAGGACUCUGAGGAAAGCAAAACUAACUGUUUCCCUCGGGACCAUACAUUAAGUGUGUAUUGUUUUUCUCUUUAGAAAGGAGGAUGAAUCAGAUGUCUUGGUACAACUAAGAUCGAUUUAUUUCCAUCUUUUGCUUCACAGAUACUUCAAAUAAUGGUCAAGCAGUCGUUAAUCGUGGAACUUCAACUGGACUUAAUGCAAGUAAAGACGAUAGUCCUACAAUUGAUAAUAAGUUUCCAUAACAGAAGAGAAGUACGUAUCAGUCUCGACAUGCCCCUCUAAUGCCAUCAAUCACAUUAAAUCAUUUACCUGGAAAAAAGGGAUCAUAAACAACUCGCUUGGCAGUAUCAUCACUAGCGUGAGUGACAAGAAACGGCUCUAAAUAAGCUUAAGAAAUUGUAAUACCUUGCCUAAUUUGACAUCGUCAAUGUUUUUCUUCCCUCGAAUUGUUUAUCUCGAGGUUUUGUUCUAUUUUAAAGAAAUAGUGUGUGACGCUUAAAGUGACUGGACUAAUAACAUCGUUUCGUGGCUCGUUGCAGUAGCUAUCAUGACUGCUAUGCUCCUUCAGCUUUAAGUGACAUAAAUCAGUCCGCCAGAAAGACCUUUCCAGCUAUAUCCAUCUGAUAAAGUGUCUCUUCCUUAUGACAGUAACUAAUGCUUUGCUGGAAAAAGCUAACCAAUGGCAAUGUAUAGUUGAAAGAAAGCCAGGGAUAUUUUUAGAGAAGCACGCAUGAAUCUUUAAAGGGGUAGAUUGACGCUUGGCGCACGUGCAAGCUUCUAAGCAGCUUAUUCAAAUCGAUUGUUUGUUCAACUGUUAGAAAUGACCUUAAAGUCUUACACGUGUCCAGAAAAAGGUUCGGGGACUUAGAAUCUACUUAAUAAUCUGUGUCAAGAGAACUUAGUCUCUUGCCUGUAUAAAUAUCACAUUUUUGGCAUAAAGUUUACCAUUUGAGUGCUAGAGCUGCUGCUAUUGCUGCAGUAAGAAACAGUGCAAGAAAGAGGGAAGUUCUUCUCACGCACUGGAGUAGGAAAAGACAGAUUGAGAAAUGUCAACAGCAUUACCACGCUUUGAGGACUGACAAUGAAAUUCUCUCAAACGAAACGGUUUAGCUGGUCGCGUUAUGCUGAAGAAAGUCAUUGAGACAAAUUAUUACGUAACAGAAAAGGUAAUGAAAAAAAUUAUAAACUAUUUUUCUUUUAAAAUUUAUUGCAGAACUACGCGAGCGUAGAUUUUUAAAAUGAAAAUAAAACGACACAUGUAAUGUACUGGCCAAUUGCUCCUCCAGAGUCCCAUAUAUAUUCCAGUCAGUAAACUAAGCCGGACCACAAGUGCUUUCGAACGAAGAAUAGGAAGUAAAAUCUUCCAUAUUCUAACUAGUCUUGACCAUUUUUCGUGUAAUGUUUAGACAGGGAAUGUCGUACAUUAACCUCUCGAUAACUGCCUGUGUAGAGCCUGUUAACAGGUUUAUAUCGCACUUUGGCAGCCGAAAAUGAUAAUCAUAACCUCCACACCCGCUGGUGAGUGCCGUCACCUCGUAUCAUUUUAAACGGUGCGAGAAAACGAAUCAAUGUUUAGGUUAAAAAAUGUACGCGAUUUGAAAUUAAAACCAAAAAUGAGAGAGCAACUGAACAGAUAGAUUGAUACCCAGAUUCCUUCCUCCCUAGGGUGGAAGAAGAUAAUAAGGGUUGUGAUAUGUCGCAUUUCGUGGUGUUGCCCAGGGAAAUUAUAUCAUUACACAGCCACGUCAGAUACACCCCAAGCGUGAGAUUAAGGUCGAGAAGUUCACGAUACCCGAGACUCCGCUUAAUCUACUCCUCAGUCCUACUAUCUCUGCUCUAUUUAAGAAAUGGAGAACCUUGACUGUGCUCUAUUCUGUUGUAAAGCACAUAGGAAGCGGCUUGAGCACGAAAGAAGUGUAGGGAGAAACACGAGACGUAGUCAAAAGAAGUUUAGGGAGGAACGCUUCCCGCGUACUUUACAACAAAACAGAGCACAUUCAAGGCUUCUCUAUUUGUUUUAAAGUAAAGAAUCCAUUAAUUAACCCCCCUUCCCACGCGUUACUUUCAAUUUUCAAAACAAACUUAAUUUCCAAAACGAACAACAGAGUCGUCAGCAUGCUCUAUACUCUCAUAAAGAACCGCUACAAUAAGUCAGUCAGAAUCCUUUUUAAAUGGUUCAAAUAAUUUGAUUGGUUGAACAAAAGUAACGCUGUCAAAAAUGUCAAACCAUUAAAGUUCACAAUCUGUUCGGCAGGUCGAAUUUAACACUUGCUGGAAGUUUUUUAGUCUCUAAUGUAGAAUCUGGAAGUGAAACGUUCAGUAAAAUCCGGCCGAAUUGAAGCUCAUAAAAACACGCGAGUUUCUUCAUAAGACGAUUAGAAAACAAACUGCCCAAGGCGUGAGUUUGGUGAAUUAAAGACAGCCAAAUUCACAGGAACAUGAAGAUUGCUUAGGAUGACAACGCCGAAAAACUCGGUAGCUGUGACUGAAUGGCCUUCCACACAACGCAUCGGAAAGGAUAUUAGAGCAAGUCCUUAGUUGUUCAUUCGAAGGGUGGCCAUUGUAAUGUCUGAGGCUUUCGCCCAAUGUAAGGUAAUCCGGAUUCCGGAAUCCAGGAAAUUUUUGGUCGUGGAAUCCGGAAUACUGGGCAUUGGAAUCCAGAAUCCUGCUAAAGAAUGAAUCCAGAAUCCAUUAAAAUCGUAUAGACGGCUUUCAUGCGCAUCCAUGCAUCUACGGUCAUGCUAAGAUGCAGACUACAGACCAUGUAGACCGCGCUUUGUUCGCUGGAGAAUUUCGAUUGUUCGAAGCGAGAAACUGACAAAUUCAGUAAUGACCUAUCACCCAAUCGACUUCGAUACUGACAUAGCCAAAGUUCCCUACUCGGUAAUUAUCGAUCAGUCUUCUACACAGAUUCAAAAACCUUCCUAGUAAAGUUCGAUUUUAGCUUGCAGCACUUUCUUUACUGUAAAGUUCUUUGGGCUGUCUUGUGAAGAUCCAGGUAAUCCUUACCUCUAAGUCAACGUCACGGUCCACACAAAUUGCAUCUUGCCGCGUGGGGCUAAUCUGCAUGAGCUCGAGAAACUUGACUCCGUGAUUUUGUCUUGCUAGAUAACGCGAGCUCGAAAGAACCUCGUAAAAUUUCCUCAUGUGGUGUCCAAAAAUUGGAAACUGUCCCAACGUUACCGAAAGAGUAAGAAAAUGAUGUAAACACCUUAAUCAUAUGUAAAUCACAUUUUUAAAAAAGCAAACAAAAAAGUUGCACAGUCUGCACGGUCUGCACAGUCUGCAUGGUCUGCAGUCUGCGUUUUAUCAUGACCAAUGCAACCACUGUAGAGUGCAGGUCACUCACGUGGUCGAUGGGUGUGUAAAUUUAGAGGGACUAAAGAGAUUGUUUACAUAAUAACAGCAUUCAAAUCCCACAGGAUAUGCUUGGAUUCCAACAUGGCGACAGACCACACGUUUCCAAUUACGAUAAACUUUGAAUGAAGAUAUAUCUGAAUACUAAUAACGACGGGAGAGGUCUAUUUCUAGGUCAAAAUUUCGACAUUUAAACAUAAACCGCUUUCUUUAAUAUUUGGCUUUCGGAAUAACAAAAUUUAAGAUUUCAUAAGGCAUCAUAUCUCAGUGCAAAUAAAGUAAGAUACAACCAGAUUUUAGGGUCAAACAGGAAAGAAUCAUUGCUCUGGAGAAUUCAUGGCCGACGUAAUGUGAUUUGACUUGGCUAACCUUAUAAAGAAAAAGGGAAUUGUAGAAAAGAGAAUCUCUCAUUCUUGGAAAAUUACCGUGUAAAUGCAGAUCUUUUGCGAUUUUGCAAAGGUUUAAGUACAGUUGAGUUGGUUGAAGACCGUUUUAUGCGCAAUCUCAUAACGUCGAACAUCAUCGCCAAUUACAUAUAGGAAAACAAGCUUUUCUUAGUCAUAGUCUGCGAUUUAUUUGCGACAUACACGGGGUGUUAUUAAAAUUAUAUUUCAGUUUAAAUUUUUCGUUACUACUAUGGUUUUUGUUUAAAAGGAAAGUUAAAAAAGUAAUUUGAGAUGAUAGGGAAAUAUUUUCGAGCUGUUUUGUUGAUAGUUCUUCAUAAAGUCAUGCAAUUUUGGAUUACAAAAAUUGGCCAUCUUUUCCCAGUCAGAAAAUAUUAUGCUGUGCUAAAACAACUUGUAAGUCCAACAGUUAUUUAAAAUUAAAAAUGAUAAGCAAUGAUUUGAACUAUUAGUUCUUUUGAUUCCGCCAAAUCACUUGAAGAACCUGGAGCAACCUGAAUGAAAGAAAUAUGGUACACCUCUUCAGAGUUGCUAAAAAGAUAUAGAAUGAAUGGACGUUGGAUCUAAGAGACAGACAGUCUCAAUAGGUAUUCUUAGAAGAAAAAUUUAUGCCUUGAUUUGCUGUAAUAUAUUUCUUGUAAUUACCAAAUGUUGUUAUGGAAAAAUGACUUUUGGAAUCCGGAAUCUUCACAGGUAGAAUCCGGAAUCCAGCAUCUGGAAUCCGGAAUCCACAGCUUGGAAUCCAGAAUCUAAUACUGUCCUGGAUUACCUUACAUGGGGCGAGAGGCUUGCUUCAUUGCGAUGACCAGAGAUCGCUAUAAUGAGCUAGCCGCGAUGGAUCUCAGCGUGAUCGCAGUCGCUCUAACACUCAUUCUAUGCAAGUGUUAGCUGUGUUGGAUUUUUAUUACUUUACGUAGGCUUGCAAUCUAACUGAGCGUGAAAACCUUCAAAACUCGGAUUGUCACGGUCCUUUUCGUUAUCUCUUUGAGAAUUUUCGUCUCUGCUCACGUUAUAAUAACGUAAAUUACGGCGAUUGGCAUGUUUACAAAUCUUUCUUUGGUUCUGUUGUUGCUACUUCCCGGCUCGCUUGUUCCGAAAUUUCACUUUCAACUAACGAGAAAAAGCUAGAGAGACAUCCGGGAAAUCAGGUCGGACAUCGUACAAUUUGGCAGAUGGCGUGACAGCUUUACCUCUAUGUUUUCAAAACAGUAUAAUAUAGUAUACUCUGAAAGAGCACGCUCCUUCAACCACUGACAGCGCACGCUGUAACCGAACUUUAUUUUAAAAACUGAUCAAGUCUUACGAUUAUAAGACGAGAGAUCCACUUAUGAGACAGGUAAAAUGUUCUUAUUCUGUAUCGUAACGAUCACUGGUGGCAAAAACGAUGCCAAAGACAACUCCUAACUAGCCCUGUGUAAACAAAGAAGCGUUUUGUUCCAAAGAGCAACUUCAAAUUCUUGAUUUCUCCUGCUUUUUUAAACCCAAUGAAGUUUUACCAUACUAGACUUCAAGCCUUUAUUCCAGAAACCCUUCUUCUCACGUUCACCCUGUUGAAUCUGAAAGGAAUAAAAAGUGGAAAGAAAAGAUCAUAGUUUUCAUCAUGGGAUUUGAAGGGCGAGGUUGAAUUUAACGUGACACCAACUGAAGAGCGAGGACCAAAUACAGAAAUCCUAUAUAAGGCGGAUUAAGAGCGAUAACUGGAUUAAAUACUUACUCAACCUGAGGUUAAGGGAUUAUUACAACGUUGUAAAGGAAGACAAAAGUAUUCUGAGUAAAACAGGAACUAGAUGAGUUCGCUGAAAGUAUUAAGACUUCUAGGUAUUGUUAAUCAUUUGGUGCAGGUCUUAAAGCUUGUGGUGCCUCGUAACCUAUGUAGACGAACACAAGCCAAGCAAACGCGCACGUUUGUAACAAAAAUUUAGUUUUCACGGAGAGGAAGAUUUAGGAGAGAGUGAGAGAGAGCGAGAUUUAACCCUAAAUGGCGGUUCAGCAAACGAUCUUCAGCUUUCAGCGCUUACUCCCCUUGAAAAAAGCCAGACAUUGAAAAAUUGCCAAGGGAGAGAAUCGUGUCGUAAUCGAAAACGUGAAAUUAUGGUGUUGCGAAAACUUCAUGUCAAAGGUGCGAAAAACCAUCCUAGAGCGUCACGCGAAACUAUAUCCGUUCAAGCGCGAACGAGCUUAAACAACUGUCAGAAUCUGUAGAGGAUUUAAAUUAAACAAACCAUAAGAGGUGGAACGACAAAGAGUAAAUAAGGGGGUUCAUACUGCGAUGGAAAGCUAAAUAGCCCAUAGUUAAGUUUCUUUCUCGUCGCACGAAAUAGAGAACCGUUUUCUUUCAUAGGAUCCUGAAUUUUGCGUUGACCAAAAAAGUAUAACUUGUUUUCUAAUAAUGGGCACCUAUGAUUAGAAAGGUCGCUAUGAAGACUGCUGGGCACACCCCGGAUAUAUCUGAUACAUCGCAUGGAAAAGUUAUGAAAGUCAAGCAGCUUGUCACUUUGACGUCAUCGACCACUGGAAGUAAUUUUCUCGAAACAGGCUAUUAAGAGUGACCUCGUGGAGCUCAACAUCCAUUUAACUCUAAACUCGAGAAAUUCGUGAGUUGCUGAACGGCGCCCUAGUUUGAGCCAAAAGGUAAGUUUUUAUUUGCGGAUCUCUUUUUGCGUACCUUUAACUACAAGCAAAAUCGCACAGGCGCAGUAUUAUUCUCGCCUCCUCGCUGCCCAUUGUAAGAGUAAUCAGUGAGGCAUGGAAAGAGUGUUUUCAAUUAGCACGGCUUUUCGUUUAAUGCAAAUUUACCGAAGUUACUGCGAGCGAAGGAAACCUUGGUUUAUCACAAGACUCCUUAAGCUGCAAGAUAAUUCAUUUCGCAAAGUGGUUUUGAAAGACAGAGCAGUAGAUAAUCCGCUAUCAAAGCGCUUUUUAAAGAAGGGAGUCCCAAUUCCAAGACAUUCAAAACGUAGCUACCGACAUAUUACGGUAUGUAAAUACAAAUCAUUUUCAUUCUGAUGUGUUGAUUUGUAUAUUCGAGAACCAUUUUCUAGAAGCUCACUCUCUCAGCAAAAUGUGCGUUUUCAACGUUUGAAAACAUCAAUAAUCGUGGACGAAUCUGCACGACUCGUUAAUUACUGUUUGGCUGAAGGAAUGAGAAGAGUUCUGCAUGUAAGACUUAUAAAUUGAAAAAGAUUUGCGGGUAGCUUUCGUUCCCUCUGAGUAGACACAUCAUUACACGUCGUGUGCUGCAACAUAUGUAUAAAUAUUUACAAUCCCACGAAUGAGCUUUUCUGAUCUUCUGUUUGAUACUUAGAAGGUGUUUGGGUGAUUUUAAAAAACUGGCCGAAAAUAAACUAAACUUUGACUACUUCAGUGACGUUCACACGUUAUGCAUAAAACGCUUAAUUUGGUUUGUUUGCUGUCCUCUUUUAUCUGUCGGACCUCGUUGGAAAAUUUCUUAAUCUACCUUAUCAGAUCUAGUCUUACUUGCAUCCAAGUUCCCGUGUCAAAUGUGUAUGUACUCGUCACUUUUAAUCGGAUACACGUAUCGUGUGAUCACCAUCACUUUAGCAUUCAGAUAAGCAAAUAAUUAUCCACCGGUCGUCUUCCAAGUAGGGAGUGGUGACUGACAUAAAAUCAACACACUUUUGAGGGGAUUUCGAUCGCCAUUUCUUAAUCACAACAUUAUGCGAUUAGGGAAAGGUUGGCAACUCGUGAUGCGUGAGGUGACUAAAUAAAGUAUUGCAUAUCAAGCUUAUGUAAGUAUUUAGCUUAAAGAUAGAACAGUGAUCGUAGACGCGCCCAGAUCUGCUGAUUUCUCAAGAGGUGGUAAAUUACGGAACAAACAUAGUGUACAACGAGACCUUAUGUAGAUAACACCACAGUAAAACGAACGAUAUUCCUCAGAGGUUGUCUGGUAAAUAAUUUUAGUAUUCCCUUCCUGUAUUCUACUGACGAGGUGAUAUCGAUACUUUACUUCCCUCGAUAUUCCAUCGAACCAGUUUUUUAGCACUGCUUGACUGGACAUUGGCUCCUUUUCAAUUUUGUUAUUAAAUGCAGAUGAAGGAAGAGGAAUCGAGGUUUACUCCCUGAACGUGUGUUUCGCACUGAAAAUGAACCUUGAAACAGUCCACUGAAACGCUACACUCACUCGCUCACCAAGUCUCAUUUGGACUUCCUGGGAGUGUCGCACAAAGUUUGCCUUGACAGGAAGUCCAACCCAUUAAAAUCUUUCAGUUUGAUUCAGUCAAAAACAGAACUGAGACAUGAUCCAGCAACUUCCCUCCUCACGAUUCAAUACAAGUAUCUCAAAUUUUCUAACCCUGAUAUAUUUUAGACUGCCUAUACGAAAUGUAAGCAGGCAGUUUGGCAGUUUGAACUUUUCAAAAAGCUCCUCUAGCUUAUGAUUUAGAGGGUAAGGUAAAAGUCUAGGUACCACUAUCGGUGUUAAUUGCUCAAAAUGGUUAAUUAAACUGUAAAGACGACAAGCUCUAAUUGAUAAUUCAUUAUGAGUCCGAAUUCUUCAAAGUUAGGUAUUUUGGUAAUGUUCGUUUUAAAGAACUCAGAAAUCACGUCACUAACCGUUUAAUUCAUUGGACUAGUGAAGUAUACCCUGCACACGAGCUCACGUUUCUUUUUUUUUUUUAUUUAUGUUUUCCUUUCAGAUUCCUCAGGAUCAAACGUGAGAUCGUACUGCGAGUGAAUUUCCUGAAAGCUAAACGAAAAUGUUGCUGGUCAUUUCCAUUUUUGUAUUUGAACUACUGGAUGUAACUUUGUCGGCCCAGAAAGGGGAAAGUAAGUUUCAAAGUCAGAUUUUAACAGUUUCGUGGCUGUGCAGGUUUGAAAAAGUAGCCGAUCUUAACGAUCAACACUUAAUCAAAGGGAUCAUCAGUCGUCAUAAAUUAAAUCUUAAUACUCCGGCCGUAAAACAUAUUCUCUGUGGGAAGUAGUCAGCUCUUCUCGUGGCUUUUACGCAAAAAUCCCUCUCUGCCGUUACUCGGUAUUUCCACUUUACCAACAAUCGUGGCUAAGCUCGACUACGCGGGGCAGGUUUUUUGAGAAGAUGAACUGCCGUGAGGUAAAAACCAUCAACAGACUGUAUCCCACUUUUUCAAUGAAAAAUAAGUGUUAAUCUCCUUUUAAAGUUUAACAGAUCAAACGCACUUGCAUUGUUAAAUACUUGUUGUUGAAGGGAAAUAGUCUGUGUUUUUGUGACCCGCAGAACUCUUAUUUACCUCGUUAGAUUUCUAUCCACUGUUCAAUUCUACGUGACAUCAUCUUAAUUGCGGAUAUCCUGGAUCCCAGACCUCACUUCCCAUCUUAGCCAUAAUAACUUCAAUAACGACGAUAAUGAUAAUUUCAGCUUUCCUCUCUUCCUCUCUCUCAGGGUUGACAAAUGUUCUCUGUCAAACGCACGAGACCGUUAUUCCCGUAGAUUCAACUGAUCAUGGCUUUUACCCUUUCUAUGUGAAGCUUCAUCGCUGUGCUGGCUCAGUGGGCACAGUGUCUCCCAAAGUGCAACAUUGUGUGGCACAAAGUUACGAGGAAAUAAACGUCCCAGUGUAUUCGCGUGCAGCAAACUUUCGCCGGACGACCGUCACCAUGAAAAAUCACACCAGCUGCGCUCCUGAAUGUGUAGCCAGUCCGCUUGACUGCGAUUUGGCAGUACAGGACUGGGACGAUAAUUUAUGCGCAUGCAAAUGCAAGUAUCCUGACGGACCACCUAAGGAACUCACUUGCAAAGAAGGAUUUAGGUACGAACCGGACCUUAAGAAUCGCAAUGGAAGCUUAAAAAACGUUUUACUUUCCCUUUAAUGGUUUGUCCUUGCUGGAAUAUAUUUACAUGUUAUCUUAGGAGAUCGUUAGGGACACAUUUAGCUGCAGAGAGAUGGACGGUAAAAAUGUACGACCAAAAAAUUAAAUUACUCGUCAGCCACUUAACUAUCCAUAUUUUUGGGUUAUUAAUUUUUUCGGUGUUUACUUUUUGAAUUUCUUUCAGGUGGAACAAAUAUAAAUGCGCAUGCGAAUGUGACCGAGCACCUGAGCACUGUCCCAUCAGAAUGGUAAGGCAUUCUUCAUAACCGCCGAAUUUUAAGAAUUUCACAAUUAAUGGAAGGAAAAUACAAAUUUAGAAAAUAGUCAACGUUCGAAUGACGCACUCUCUGCAGUAAGUUGUCUCCCGAUGCCACCUGAAUUACAAGUCAAAACCAAUUAUUCCCAAGAUUCAGAUCUUAGAAGACUUUUUAAUCGAUUGGGAGUCUUUCCACUGCGUAAAUAUAAAACUGCUCAACGAUUCUCUGCUCGACUGUGACAAAAAAAAUUUCUGUGUUUUCCUGAAGAAAGUCUUAAAUGAAUGAAAAUAUAUGUACAAAAUGUACCAUGUAGAAGAACAGUAUUUGACAGCUUGAUAUUACAUUCCUCUCACGGGUUUUAAUCGUUACACAUUCUUUUUCAUAACUGGUUCUUCAUCUGAAGCGCAUCAUGAUUCUUUUUGUUUUGUACAGACUUGGAGCAAAGACAUAUGCGGUUGCAAAUGUGAGAGCAGUGCAGUAAAUGACUGCAUACAAAUGGAAUUGGGAAUUGACGUUGAUUGCCAGUGCAUGGAUGUGAAGGCGUUCCGCAGACAUAAAGCAGGUAAACACGUAUCUCUAAAAUGAGUUUAUCUCUAAUUUGAUGCUAACACGAUGCACUGACAUUUGGUGAACCGCUGGAGUCCAAGACGAGGCUCUAGCCUAGGAAAAGUCUUUCUCCACCCAGAGGUAUAAAAUGGUAUUUAAAGCUGCUGUAGUUUGUUUGCAAUGGAAUUCGCAUUGACGAAAAAGCUUGGGGCAAUUUGGGGGAAAAAACAUGGAAUUAUAAUUUGUAGUCUAUAAUCUCAAGCAUGGACAUAUUCAGGACGCUAUGUUAUUAAAUCAUCUUUAAAGACCAUUUCUUUUAUCAGAAAGAAAUGUGAUACAUUUUUUUUUUUGAUUAUCGAACAUUUUUUCAUUUUAAAUUUCACCUUUUGACAUUUUUCUUCUGUGCUUCUCCCAAUGCACGUGAACACCCUUCACGCUUGCCUCGCGUUUGCCUCCGUUCGCCUGAAAAACACAAAAGUGAUACCCCUGUUCAGCAGGUUAGGAGGCACAUUUUGUCACGCGUUUAGCUCAACAUUUUGGUUAAGGCAGCCCCCAAUUUAAGACUGUACUUAUGAAUUGAUUCCCUGUCUGAUUUCUUUUGGAAACAUUUUACUUUAAUUUGGCAAGCCGUUAUUCCCCUGAAAUGUUACCAGCUUUUAAUUUUUAUUUAUAAAAGUAUUUGUUUUUUCCUGCAGUUUACUCUCGAAACCGGAUGUUUAUAACACUUCUGAUAGGUCAAGCAGUCAUCAUCAUACUCCUCAUUUGUGCUCUGGUACACUGGGUACGAAAGAGAAACCGAAACAGCUCGGCCAACGCUCCGCUCGACGGAUCAGACCCAGGAAAGACGAAUGAUGAAGUUGCUUCUCAAUGUAAGUAUCUUGAAGAAUAUGAGGAGUUUUUCUGGAUAAAAAAUAGGGAUCAUAUCCAAAUCUUAUCCGAGAAUCAGGGAUGGUCGCUGCUUAGGAGGUAUCAAAGGGGGGGGGGAGAACUAGGAGGAACUGAUGGACGCAAAGGAUUUAAGUUAUGCAAGAAAUAUCAUCGAUCUGCUUUCUUAAAUACAAGCUAUAUUAAUAAUAUUAUCGUUAUUUAUAAAACCUUUCAGACCUAAAGGUGGCUGCUAAUUCUGCCGAGUCCUUAGAAGGUGCGAAGGAUUCAAGUGACGACGAUAGCUGCACUGCUCCUUUGUCCCCCAAAGUACGAGUUACAAACAUCUAAAACCAUACCUCAGGGAUACCAGUAUCUCAGCGACGAUAUGCCACAGAAGAAACAAAAGAGAAACAUCCACAGAAAGACAAGGUGAAGUGUAAUGGGGACGAUAUGCCACAGAAGAAACAAAAGAGAAACAUCCACAUAAAGACAAGAUGAAGUGUAAUGACCCAUUCGACCCUAAUAUAACAAUAAAACUAUAGGAUGUGCUCAGUAGCUAAUCUCGAUGUCGAGAUUAAAAUCUUUUAUGAUAGAUAGUGAGCUGAUAUGCUCUCCUCACCUUAUUUGCACAGGUACAGAGCUGAACUUAUAUGUAACUGACCAAAUUUGAAAAAAGCUGAACUAUUUCGCUGAGAUCGCUUAGAGGCGAUUUUUUAUAUACAAAAGUCAAUAAGAUGAAGGCAGAUGUUUUUUCCCUGUCUAUGAAAUGAGGAGUGUACUCUUAAAUAAUAUAUUUCAACAACAAAUACAAUUUAAUCCCCCAAAUUGGAGGCAGAGAGAGUAGUGUUAAUAACACGUAAUAUUUGCUUGCCUUUGCUCAUUUAUUUGCUAGGAUCUGUCCCUUUCUUGUACCCAAUGUACUCAGUAAAACGUGGUAAGUUAAACCAAUUUUUGAUUAGUAGGGUUCAAGUUGUCACUAGCCUCUAUUUUCAAUGUGCUAAAUUAGACGUCGACAAACAUCAGUUUAAGCAGCUUCUAUGAAGAAGAAAAUUUUAAUCCGCAUUUAACUCUUUAUCCCCUAGCAUCAGUAUCCCUAUUCUCCAUACCAUUCACUAUACAUUUAUCAAGGUGCUGACAGAGAGAAUUUGUUUAAUAAUCAAGAGCUGCUUUAGUUAGUGAUCAUUUCCACUAUUCUCAUGACCUUAAUGUUUGUUUCAAGGGUGAUAUGGUAGGAGAGAUUAGAUGCUAAUCACUCUGAGGGUAGAAAGGUCAACAAAGUAGUAAAACAUGUGUAAGCUUUGACGUGAAUGGGGUAUUACUCGUAAAUUCAUGACCCAAGGAAUUACGUGCACAAGGCUUGCCAAUCAUGGUCAAGCUAGCUCCUUCAACGAUCAUUUUAAAAUUGUUAUAAAGAUAACAUUGUUAGUAUUUUAGCAUCGUAUUUAUUUUAAAAAAAAACUAGUCAGAUCUUUUAGCUAGAAGAGGUAAUUUGGAAAAAUAAUCAUUGUCUAUAUGCGGAACAUAAGAGUAUAGCUAGGGACAUCUAAUAGGAAUCACUGAAAGUAGCACAACGCAAUGUCGCACCCACUUUCAGACAAUUGUAUCAUGUUUUGGGUUAUGACAUGGUGCUAUAUUGAUUCAAAAGUGCCUCUUAAAAAUGAUUUACCAACUACACGUGAACAAAGGGAACCUGUAAAUAAUCCCCGACUCUCUGGAAAUGAGAAAUUCAAUAAAUAUGGAAAUUAAAGAAUUUGAAGACUAUUAGAUGAAGAAUUUGUAACUGAAACAUUUGUAGUCUCACGAUAGAGCCUGCAGUUCCCCUUUCUAGUUGCUAAUCAUUGCUUUACUGAACAUAGAACCCACCCUACGAAAAACAGGGCUCAAUUCAGAGAAUGGAAAAUCCUCCAAAGUAACGAACCCUCAAAACUUUGACCUUGAAAGAAAUAACCUCUGGAAUAACAAAAAUCUGGUAAUAACGGAUACAACCAUUUUAGAUAGUCGUGAUAAUAACAUGAUGUUGAUGAAUGUAUGAGAAACUAAAACCUCGAAAAGCUAUUAUAAUUUUGAUAAAAUGAUUUCAUCAUCAUGAGCUAAAAAAAGAAACAGAAAAAUAAAAAACCUUCAUGUAUGGUACGAUUGGAAUCCCGAACUCGACCCCCCAAAAGCAAGGCGCUAUGGGAAAAAGUUGCUAGGAUUAGUGACUGAUCCGCAAUCUUCGCAAAUACUUAGUAUUAUUACCAAACGCACGGUAGCCUGACAUCAGGCACCAUUUUCUUUUUUUCUAAACUCCAUUCUACUUCUGUGAAUUCAUUCCUGCUCAUAGAGUUGUAGCGAAAUCUCUACAGACUCUGCAGUCGCUGGUGAACUCGAUCGAAGAGGACUGUAAGCAAUCUUCUUUUUCAAGGUUUAUUUGCGUUGAUCACCACGAUUUACGCUUCACAAUGUAAUAAUCUUGACAAUUCUGACUUAACUCUUCAUUCGCCUAAACUAAGCUAGUAUUUUUUUUUUUUAAAUCACGAAUAUGGUAAAAUCCCAAACAAACCUAUCGUAAUAGACCUAUAUUUAAAACACCUUUUCCUUUCUUAUUUAUCGGACUAAACGCGUGCAAUUACAACAUCUCUCGCAAAGCAAAUGAACUGCCUACUUUGUCUGCAAAUUGCGAAAUCUAACACGCGCUCUAUUCCAAUCACUGACAAUUUCGUGACAAUCAACGUGUACUAGUAUAUUUAUCAAUACUUAAUUCGUAACUUAACUUGUAUUCCUCGGCAAGAGUUAUUUACAAGAUCGUUUAUGAUCCGCUUUUAAGUGCAGUACUGGAAAGAUCAUACACACAAAGCUGAUCAGCUACAACAACGACUAGGGUUUGGAAAAAAAUAAAAAAGGAUCGUUUGAGUUGGAUUCACAAACAGAAAUCACUACAGUGUGGUAUUUAGUAUCACGGCAAAGCGUUCUCUCUUCUUUCCGCUUGAAGCGAUAUCAUCAACUUCCGGUGGAAUAGAACCGCUAUCUCUCUUGAAAUCGAAUCCCUAAGCCUUCUUAUGCGACGAAAAAACGUGUUAGUAUUAAGUGAUUUUCUUAGAAAAUGGGUGUGAGAGUGGGUGUUAGAAAGGAAUGUCUAUCAAUUAUUUCAAAAGAAUGUACGAUCGUAAAACUCUUUGGAAUAUUUUGUAAACUUUCGAUCCUGACUAUCUUUUAUUUCCUUAUUUCCUGUACUGUCAAGAUUGAAAAGAGAAAUCUGAUUAAUUGAUGUAAAAUGUCGUCAUGUUAUGGAAAUAAUUCCGACGGGUAAUCGAAGAGAAUUUUUCUCACGCUCCUCUAAGUAACAGGGGAAAGCCCCGUCUCAGCCUUUGAGUCCAUACAAAAGACUUUCAUUUUCUGGCAGUAUUUAUUUGAUCAGUCUCGAUUGUCAACCUGUCAUUUUGUAUUGUUCCGCCCUCGUCUUGUGACCUAUUUACAUAUCACUGAAACUUAAUAACCUAGUAAUUACGACGCGACUUCAUUUCAAUGAAUUAAGACCUACAAAUCGAACGUGAGUCAGGUCCUGGCUUUAAAGGAUAGGGGGUAGAGAAUUCGCCGAUCUCGCUGAGAAUAACAACACACCAGGACAAGGAUUCAAGAGCUAUGAUGCAGUUUUCAAUUUGGACAAUUGUUCUUCUUUUAUCCCAAGCCGCAUUUCAAUGUACCGGUGAGUAAAUUGCCAAGUGUCGAUUCUCACACAUAGCUUGACUGUUUCAUUCUCAAAAUCCCAAUACUUAAUGAUUAAGUCUGCACCUGUGGUGAUGUAAUGAAGCUAUUUGUGAUAGAUGCACCGUUUUCGUUCAUUCAUUUAUUCAUUCCUCGUCACCAACGCCAGAUUCAUAAAACUACUAUCGACCGCUAAAUUCCGGUUUGAUUCCUGGUUACAGUCUAUGUAACAAACAAUGAAAUACUACUGUAUUGGGAAUAUGUAGAUAAAAAACGACAAAGAAAAAGCAGUCAAAGUGUUAGGAAGUUAUUUUAAAAGCUAUCGGCUAUCGGGGAAAACCCUAAGUCACCGAGUUUACGUCCUGUCUGAAUUUUUCUCAGCAACCAAAAGAAGUUUUCUGUAAAAAAGUCACCAAUUCUAUCAUACAAUAUAUUUUCUUUAUCUAGAGGCUCUAGAAAAAUAAGUAAGGUCAAACAUCCACGUAUCAAGCUCAAAACUUUCUUCGAUCAAGACAAACACAAAGUGGGGCGUUUACUUUCGCUUUCUGAUUUCAUUCAUCGAAAGAUCCCUCAACCGGUAAUAACCCUUCAUGGACGAGUCCCUUGAGAAAUUUCGAUCAAGACAUGUGAUUAGGUUCUGCUGGGCUGAUCGUGUUAUUUAGUGGAGAUACGGGGCGGGGGAGGAAGAUAAAGACAUUUUGCAUUAGCAUUCGAUUGUGUUCAUUUUCAGCGGCUGUCAAACCUGUUGCUGUUGAGUGCAAUCCACCAGUCCUCUCGACUGUGGCAGUGGACGAACCGCACCACAGAUAUUAUCCAUAUUUCAUACGACUCCACCGGUGCGAGGGCUCGUACGGGUUCGAAAGCCCCAACAUCAAGAAAUGUGUGGUCACAGAGAGUAGGGAGGUUACAUUUUCGGUCUAUGAUACUACCAAUAGACUAUCGACACAAAUAAGACUCCAGAAUCACACGAAAUGUGGCCCUGAGUGCAAGGCAAGUCCUCUCGAUUGUGAUUUCAAAGUGCAGGAAUGGAACGACGAAAGCUGCCAGUGCAAAUGUUUAUAUCCACGUUCGCCUCCGCCUGACGAUGUCGUGAAACCAAAAAAGGGCUUUGGGUGAGUGAUUUUACCACAAAAAAGUCAGUGGAGAGAGAGAAGCAUCUGUUAAUUUCAGAUUUUAUUGUGCUUCUCAGACCCCUAGCCCAACAAGCUCUGCCUUUACAAUCAUUUGUUUGCAUUUCAGUUAGGACACACUUAGAAGCCUAUCGGUAGAUUAAAUAAACAUUUUAUUUCUGUGACAUUUUUCCAUUCUUCUAGGUGGAAUAACCAUCUCUGUCGAUAUGAAUGCAACACACAUGAACGUUGUCCUCUUGAAAAGGUAAUAAGGUGGUGAAUUGACUAGUAUUUCCAUUAUUUCACAAUGUUAAAUGGGUCAUGCAACACUUACACGAGUUGUUGGUAAAGCAAAAUCUUGGUCACUCUACCCACAAGGAUUGUUACUCAGGAGGAAUUAGUUUAAAGUUUAAAUACAUUUUUGGGAGUACACAUUAAACCAAUUAUUAAAUGAAUAAAUCAAGAAUGGUCAGUUGCAAACUGGAAGCCAAAAUCCUUUUAAAACAGCCCACACCUAUAAUCAAUUAUUACGGGUUAACAACUGAGAUGAACAUGAAAUGGAAAGGGAAAUAAAUAAGGGAGUACUUGACUAAAAUUUACUUGUGUAGUUCAUACUUGAAUGGGUUAUUACUAACUGACUGAUUGAUUGAAGUAACCUAAAAAUAUAUUAUUUUUGUUGUGCGUCACACAGAAGUGGAAUAAGAAGAAAUGUUCCUGUGUUUGCACAUCAUUUUAUGAACAUCAUUGUAAGGCUGAAAACAAGUUGAUGGAUCCUAAAACAUGUGCAUGUAAAGAUCCAAUGAAAUCAACAGCACCACGACCUGGUAAGUGAAAAUAGGGCCAGCUUAUAGUUGGAAUGGAGAAAUAAUGGUUUGGAUGGUAUCUUCUAUACAUACCUAUGAAAAUAUUUCCCUCUGGAAGAUCUUUACUUUCAAUGGCCUCACAUUACCAUAAAAGAUUGGGGCAAUUUCAGAAAAUAGUGUCUGAAAUAUGAGGAGUUGAGGUCAUGGCCCCCUUCCACCCCUUCCUACCACCCUUAACAACUCUGCUCAUCCAUCCUAGGGCUUAACAUUGUCAAUGGUUUUAUAGAUCUGUGAAAGAAACCAAAGUUGUGGGAAUUCUUGCUUAUUCAUGAUUUGUAAUGGAAGUUUUUUUAUUUCUUACAGGGUUCAUGACCUAUGUAGAAUCCAAAGUCCUUGCUGUUUUCCUUGCUCUUGCAAUACUAGUGAUUAUAUGUUUAAUUAGCUACCUUUGGUACCGCUCAGCUUAUUCUACAUUUGGAUCCUCUGGAAAACUGAAUGAGUCAACCAGUAGUGCUGGUAUGGUUAAUUAUUAACUCUUCAAUCCCUUAGAGUGACUGGCAUCUAGUUUAUCCUCAAAGUAUCACCAUUAAAAUCAAACAUGAAGGUCAUGAGGAAAAAGGAAAUGAUCACCAAUUUUGAAGCUUUUUAUGAUCAAACAAAUUUUCCUUGUCAGUACCAGAGGAAAUAGAACAGUAUGGAGAAUAUAGAUAUCAAUGUUAGGAGGGUAUAGGGUUAUGGAAUGGAGCUGACACCUCUUUUAUUACUAAAUCUCUUCAUUUCUCUAUCUAAUUUCUUGUUGUUUCCUUGUGCUUUCACUUCACUGACAUCAUUAAUCAAUAUGUACCACGAUCACUGUUUUUCAGCCUACAUACAAUGAUAAUAUAAUCAUAUCGUGAUUCCAUUUCCUCUCAUUAACUUACUGACUGAUUAUCAUUCUUUUUAUUUACUUGCAGAAUCUGUUGGUCAGGGCUGUGAAAAUGCUGGUGUUUGGGUUGAAACAGCAGUCUAACAAACCUCUUCAAGUAUAAACAACUUAAGAUGGCUUUUCUUCUUCAAUUAGCGUUUUUUAGAACCAACAUACCUAAGUUUUAACUCUAAUUUUAAUUUUAUACCAAAUUGUAUUACUGAUACUUUGAGUAUUAGCUGGUCGUAAUUGAAACUUAGAACAUCAUUCUCAUAUUUUUUUAUUAAGGUUAAGUUCUGAAAAUCGCCAGGCAUGGAGAAACUAACACAAUUUUUCUCAAGGAUGCCCCUUUGUGGUCCCAUGCACCUAGUGAGUACCACUGGUAUACAGGCAGUAAAGGUGGGAAUAUAAAGGACAACUGCCAACACUCAACCCACCAAUCUGUUUACAUUAAUAACUGAGCUGUAGGAUCCCUACCCUUUCUCUGCCUCAACUUUUGAAACUUUUGAAAUUAGGAGCAUCCUUGUGGAGACCAUUACAGAAAGUAUCCCCUCAGCAUACUCUAGAUAAUUUAGUUGUUCCUAGUAUAUAUAAUCAAAUAAUUGUCAGUGGGAUAAGAAAUGGGUGAUAUCAAUAAGGACAUUUUACAUUAGGAAGUAAUUGAUUGGUAUACUUGACUGCCAGUUCUCCUCUUUUCUGUGAAAAGAAAUCUGUAGUGUUUCGUAAAGCACGUUAACAAAGUAACCCAACUUUUGGGAUGUCAGGAUGAUAAAAGUAUCAUUAUCCAAUUUAGUUUUCCUAGUAAUAAAACUCAGUUCUUCUCUAAUUGCCUUGUUAUUUCAUUAAUGCUAGAAGCACCUGUUUUUUUGUAGUUUUGAGGUCAGUAUGUAGUUAAUGGACUAACCAGAACGUCGUGCCAAAGGAAGCAACCUUUCUUGCCGUCUUAGAUUCGGUUGCAUCCCCUAAAAUACUACCAAAUGAACAAAAGAGACCAGAGCCGGUUGUCAAAACGGAUUUGAAAGAUAAGGAAAAGCUGACUCGUAAUACAACAAUCUGUCACCUUAUUGCAUCAAGAGAUAAUUGCAAUUCACAAUCGAAUCUAGAAAAAGGUUACAGAGGAAAUCAAUGAGAACUUAACUAUGCAAAAUAUAUGUAGCCCACGUUCCGCAAUGAGUAUCGACGCUUAGGAAAAGAUCUACCGAAUGAGAGUAAACAUACGCCCCCAAUCUAUCACCCCGAGGCCUUCUUGUAUACAACAACCCCCUCAAACUGGAACUUCAUGUAACCAGGCGUGAUAUUGAAUCCCUAAGUUUAAGGUUUAAAAUAAUUUGCAAUAUUUGUUUCUAAUUAUGACAACGAUUCGCGAGAUCUCAUGUGGGGUCAGAAUAAACUCAAUAUCACGAGAGUGUGAGUUUCUAUUUCUUUCAUUGUCCGGAAAAACCUUACGAAUUUUAUCUCAUGGCCAUCGGAUUCAAUAUUACCUCAUAAAGUGCACCCUUUGUGUGUUUUUGCGUCAAUCUUAGGACACAGGGUUGUAAUUGUGAAUCACAACCAUUCUCUAUAAUUUAGACGACUCAUAUUUAACACACCUAAAGGCGAUGACAUGAACACGUAAUUCUGCAAAUUUUAAUUCUUGCAAUUCUUUUUAAUUCUUCGCAAUUCUUGACAAAUUUUUUGGUUGUGUCCUCGUGUACCGGUACACAAAGGAACGAAACAUUAACGAACUGCGUCACAACUCUAUGUAUGGAUAUGAAAACAAUAGGAAUUCCCCCGUGUACCGGUACACCAGGACAGCCCUAAUUUUUUGUUCCACUGAACAGUGCAUUUUUAAAAGUUUUGAUCGAAAGCCCACUUAUAGGAAAUUGUCAAUCAUUCGACAGCUGAACUAAUUUUAUCUCACCUUUGCUCCCAUGACGUCAGAAUGACGCAAAUUGAAAACGCCUCGCAGAAAAAUAGCGGAAGAAGACUAAAAAGCAACAAGAAUGUUUGCCGAAAACUCUUUUCAUUAGAAGGGGUAGGUCCUCUUUGCAAAGAAAGCCACAGAGGAUACAUUACAAAUCAUAAUUUCAAACCAAAGCAGGAUUAUUUUCCAUUUAUGGAAAGACUGAACUCAACAUCAAAUACAAGAUUUAAAUUUAUCAUGAAACUAAAAAACUGUUACCCAGUAGCGGAUAAGUGCUAGCGAUCUUGAUUUGAUCAUAGAAUGAUAGGAAACUACUCCUUAGUUGUAUCGUUGUUAUUUUAUUUUAUUUAUUUAUUUUUUGGGUUUGUUUGUUUUGUUAUCGAAAUAAAAAAUCCUUCCUUUGUUCCCACGAUCCAAACUUGGCAUGCUUUCGGUUGCCAUAAGCGUUUUUCCUUGUGCUAAAGGUCAGUUCAUAGAUUUAAUAUUGGCAUUAUGUUACAAAUAAAGCUAUCACUUCAAGAUCUCGCAUGAAAGUCUAGGUGUGACGCACGAGGAUAAUUUUUUAGCUUUUGAUCUGUUUUUGUCUGAUACUUUCUAUUUAAGCUACUCAUAGAAUGUAAGUGUACCUCUUGCAUUUCCCCGCGAUUCAAGAAUAUCCUUUUCUGGAUGAGUCAUUCGUAGAUGUUACCACAAUGUGUAUGUUGCGUAGUUCCGCCGAGGAAAUUUCUAAAAUCGUUGAAGUGGCUAGGACAAGAAAAGUUGGAAAAAUACACCGCAAACAAAAUUUUCAUUGCGUCUCACGAAAAGCUUGCGCUCUAUGAAUUUUCUCCCUAAAGCGUUGCUUUGUCGGUUUGUCGUAAUUCUUAAAGUGAUGUUGGAGUGAUGAUCAUUCUAGAGCUCUAUACAAACUGAGGUCAGGAAAGUUCGAGAAAUACGUACGUGGAAGUACGCAUUAAGUCUAGGAAUGCGGCGGCGUUGUCUUUAAAUGGAUGACACGGGAUAUCCUACUCCCAAAACCCAACCCGGUUUCAUUUACUUUCUUCGAUUUAAAAGGCCGCAAAUUAAUCGACGGGAACAGUUUGGUACUUGAGACACUGUCAGGGUAAUACUGUGGCCCAUACACCGCAAAAAUCUACCUGUAGAAACCCAAAUUUAUGGUGAGUAAUGUGUUGUAGUUAAGAUUUAUUAUCUUAAUUACAGAAGAAUUUGUAGUUCGUGUAACCCAAAUAGACCUGGGGGGCUCUGUUUUUCGUUCGUAAAGAUUGUACAAAAUGUCCAUUGCAAUUUUGAACGCAUAUGAUUCUCUUACCUUACUUCUGACACCUCUUUGCAGAGAUUGCAUUAAUCAGACAAGGAAACAACGACAAAACAUGCAAGAAUCAAUCGGUAUAAUCCUUCUCCUUCCACUACUGGGACAUGCAGGUAUUUAUGUGAAAAUCUUGUUCUCGACUCUUUAGUCCACUAGCUCCGCCAUCUACAAUGAGGGCAGCUUUCCAAUGAUUUCCACUGUUUCAAGAAAGUAGCCACUUCCUAAACCAAAUUUAAUAUAACUUUAUGAACGCGACUGACCUUUUCACCACACAAUUUAAGUAGACUCAAGAGAAUAUAAAAUGAUAUACUCUUGGUAGACUUCUAUAAUAUAGAAUUUUUCCAAUUACUAAAUAAUCAAAGGAUCUAAGAGCCUAAGGGUGAAGAAGGAAAGAUUUGUUAUAAGGUGAAGACAAGAGAUUGUAAUCUUUAGGUGAAGAAUGGUGCCCUAAAGGUGAAAAUCGCGUCUAUUAAAAGUAAGGGUUGACAUGAGGUAGAGAAGACAUCGGCAGAAUUUGACUGUUUGAGGAUGGAACUAUAAAAGAAAGUUAAUGUUAGUUUCCAAGGCAAUAAUUAACUAUUAUGUAUCAAGGUAUUGAAAUUAGCUUUUUGUUUACUCCUAGUUCGCUUAGGCAACGAACUCUGCAGACCACGACCGACUUUAGUGCCUAUAGACGAUCCAGAAUUCAAAUUUUUCCCCUACUUUGUGAAGCUUCAUCAAUGCGGCGGAUCAUGUGACCAUAUUCAGCCUUCGGUAAAAUCAUGCAUUCCACUUGAGUACGAUGAAGUGUCUGUCACUGUGCAAGUGGUGGGUACCGAUGAAAUGCGGACUACACAAGUGAAAAAUCACACGCGUUGUGGAUGUGAAUGCGUCCACGGCCCGAAAGAUUGUGACUUGGAAUUAGAGGAAUGGAAACCAGACCUAUGUCAGUGCCAGUGCAGAAACAGAGACAGACCAUCGGUUCCAUGUGGGGCAGGAAUGACUUGGAGUAGAGCUCAGUGUCGAUGUGUGUGCAAUAAGCAGCCUCAAUCCUGUGGUCCGAAUAAGGUAAUAUCAUAGAGAAUUUCUGUUGAGUUGGAAGAAAUUCGGAAAUUUGAUACUUGUGAAAUAUUUGACACAUAUUUUACAGAGACGCAUAGGUAAGACAGUACGUAAAGCCGCGAAGUAAAAACUUCGUUUGUACGGGUGUACAAAUUCAUGAUGAGCUUAAAAUUCCAUUUAAUUUUUCCUUUUUCAGGUAUGGAAUAAAGAAGCUUGUGGAUGUGUUUGCAAAGAUAGAAGGUACAAAAACUGUGCCAGGAAACAAAAGCGAGUGGAUGAAGAGACUUGUAAGUGCACUACUAAAGUGAUGCCUCCAGCAGUAGGAAAACAGUCAUCUCCCAAACCUCACUCAAAAGGUAAGUAAAUUUGUUAAAGUAGUGCCUUCUUUAAGAGAGAGUGCAUAAAAAUCUGACAAAAAGGUUCAGAAAACUUACUCGAAUGUUUCUGGCAAAAUUCUUCAUUUAUCUCAAACCCUUGCAAGUAAUACCCCUCUUCCCCUCAUCCCUCAAACCCGCACCCCCUACCCCUACCCCCUUGCCCCUUCCCCGCAUAUUCCUGAGUUAAAAAGGUUGAAUUUAAAGGACUAAUCCUUGUAAGUAAUUAAGGUUGAAUAACUUUGUUAUAUAACAAUUUGUCAUUUCAGGUGGACUUCGCCAAGAGUUUUACGUGAUAUUAUUCAUAGGACAGUUUGUCUUGUUGUAUAUGGUUUUUGAAGCGGUCCUUUAUCGUAAGAAAGCUGGUUUAAUAUAUCGCAUCACACGGAGCUGCUCAACAAAAGGUAAAUUUUAUCGACUCUGUUUAAUUUUUUCUGAGUUUUUAGAACGGUGGAUAAAAAUGUAAAGAUACAUAAACUGUACGGAAUUCAAAGACCAAAGUUAGAAUCUCCGACCAUUACUGAAAAUGGAAACUAUAUGAUGCUUUAAUACCGAAGGUUUGGAAUUGAGAAUGAAUGAGUUAAUUAUACAAAUUACACAAACCCUUUUCGAGUAGAUUUUUUUUUAACUUUGUUUGCUAUAUGACUCGUUGUAAUACCUUGUAAGCCACACCUUUUUCGGCUAUAUAUUCCUACUCCAACCAAAUAAAGCCGGUGCAAAUUAAUCCGAUUUCGAACUGGACAUAAUAUCCUUUAUCACCAAAUGUGAGUUUUCUUCUAGUCUACCCGUGCGGCCCGUUAAUAACCGUGUCGGUCGUUCUUUCUAUUAGGCGGUCAUUUGGACAUCAAGGAGUCAAGAGAAGACAUUCUCAGCGUAUCAAGCAGUGAGACGGAAACAAAUCUACCCACAGAAACAGGACACCACAAUGUAGAGGCCUCUAUCACAAAGAGCCAAGCUGUCGUGUAAAUUGGAUGCCGGGAAAUCUUUAAACAUCUUGCGACGAAGUCCAUCUCUUUGCUUAAGAUAAGCAAGGAUAAGCAUGGAAUGAUAUUUUAAGCCAGAGAUCAAUUUUAUCAAACAUUUCAAUCAGUCGGUAGUAUUUUCGAUGGCUCCGAGAUAAAUGUCUAAAUAUACGUAUUGCUUACAUGUGAGAUGAAGUGUAGAAAAUAUAUCCCUCGAGAUGUUUGACCUCCUUUAAAGCUGUAUUAAAUAUUUUCCUAUCUAUAUACC